UCCAGAGACCAAGAGAGGUUGAAAGAUAUUCAACUGUUGUCAAAGCAGAUUUGACUCUUGUUAAUCAAAUGUUCGGAAAAAAAACACCUCUGUGCUAAAAUGCAACCUUAAAGCGUGAAUGGUGCUUUCAUUGGACAUCAGAGUCUACUCCCCUCUCAGCUGCCUGUUAAUCUGUAUGAUGUUUAGUACCCAGCAGCCAGAGAGCCAGAGGUUAGUACUCGUGUCUGGCCUAACAUUUCCCAUAAUGUGCAUGUGACUGGUCUGCCACGCUCACUGCUUUACAGGGUUGGGAACAAUGGAUUACUUGUAAAGUCAUUAAGGCCUCCAUUGUUGUCUAAAAACUGUUGAAUGGACACGGCCACUGUGAUGACACCCAUUGGCUUGUGAACCGGUUUUGAAGCCUUGACAUCUUGGCCAUCACUAUCUUUGAUUUUUGGAGCCAGAAGUGACCCAAGUUGACCGUAUUUGGACAAAUUUAAACAGGGCAUGGAUUCAUGGUGCGGUGGUUUGGCAGAUAUGCUGUUGACAGCUCCUGACUGGACGACCACUGGGAAAACCAGAGAACAGUUAAAAUAAUGAUGAGCACAGGUGCUGGUCAUUGGCUUGUGGCUUACAGAAACGCAGAGGAGCAGAAAUACAGGACUGUGCGUAGAAGAAUAAAAGAAACUUAUAAAGCAUGUGAGAACGACAGGGACACUCAUUCUCCUAAUGGUAACACAUUAGAUGGACCUUUCCUGCUCCAGUUACAUUGUGUUGAUAAACCAUCUGAGCUCUGCACUGUUGACAUCAGUGAGCAGAAAUUGAAUUCUGUCAAACAAGAGGAACUCAAGGUCUUUGACAAUGUGGCCUACAUUGAUGCGUCUAUUAAUUCCCUUUCUUUAGGGUCUUUCAGCAGUUUUGUGUCUUUAAGAGAACUUAAUCUGUCGUUAAAUGGGCUUUGCAACAUGACUUUUAAUGCUGCUGACUUCCCUCAUCUAAAGGUUUUGGAUUUGUCCUACAACAGUUUGUCAGCUGAUGACAUUGUUUCCAUCGGGCAGCUUCCACAUCUGAAAGUCCUGCAUCUGACUGGAAACGAGCUUCACAAUCUUCCUCCUGAUCUGGGUUCUUCCAGCCACAGCCCCACUCAACUGCCGGCUGAAGAGGAGGACACUAGGUGUAAAGCUCUUGAAAUCCUGAUGCUUGACGAUAACAAACUGUCCUCAGGAGUCUUCAACAGUCUUGCAAACCUGAAGAGGCUAAAGUAUUUAAACCUACAGGGGAACCGCAUUUCUGAAAUACCGUAUUUGCAGCUGACGGGGUGCUCAAAACCUUGGCAGACUUCUAUAGAUGAGCCAGCUGAAGAAGAUGGACUUGCCCACACGGAGCCAAAUCCUAAACCUAGUGAAAAUUUCAGGACAAUGUCAAAGAUCUCUCACAAGGAAAACUGGGAUGAGCACUGCCAAGAAUCCGGUUUCCCUCUACCAGAGCUUCAGUUCCUCAAUUUAGCUGACAACAAGAUUGCUGAGGAAGACGCAGUGAUGGCUGCCUCUCUUUUCCCGAUGCUUCGAAAAAUUGACAUUCACUCCAACCCCCUGACCACACAAAGAAGUGGAGACCCUCCCUUAUUGACCUGUUACCUCCAAGAAAGACUGGGGAUAAAAAUAAAGCGUAAGAAGACGCAAGAAGUUGUGAAGCACCCACUGAAGGUGUCCGCUGAUCCAAAAUGGAAGGUGGAAGAAAGAAACCCAAAGGUGUCAAAGAGGCCAAUGUUGAUGGGCGCACCUUGUCCUGCUCAAACUUAUGUCGAGAAAAGUGAGGCAGAUGUCGAGAGAAAACGAGAAUCCGAGAGUGAGAAUCGCAGAGACGACACGCUCCAAGAAAACACAGAGCCCUUCUUUGUUACCCAGGCAACAGAUGUUCCUGAAUAUAAGUUUGAUCUUCAAACUGAUGAGAAAGAAACCACAGAAAACAAAGACGAUAUCAUCCCUGAAAAAUUCCCAUGCUACAAAAUGUUGAUGGAUGCGAAACCAAACCCCGAUGUGGUGGAGCCCAUUGGAAUUCAAACCGCUGUUCGGAUGCUGGAACACACGCUGAGGAAUCUUAAUGUUUACAGAGACGCUAAACCAAAACUUGAUAGCAUCCAGACGCCUUACAGAGGAAGAGAGAAAAGGAUUAAAGAACUUGCACCUCUGAAACCAAUAAAGCAGCCAACUGAGAGGGUGGAUGAACUGAUCAGGGAAAUCAGAAACAGCACGACGAUCAGAGAGGUCCCCUUAAGCAGUGCCAUACACGGCACAGGCGUUAACAAGCAAGAGCAUGAGGAAGCUCUGUCGCUGCUGAGGGACAUGAAGACGAAGCACAAGAUGGUCCACGAGAAAUCAAUGAAACUAGCAGCCACCAUUGAGUCUGAUAGAAACACAGAAAAUGGGGCAGACCCACCACCUGCGCAGAUACUCUAAUUUAAAAUUAACCCUUUGAAACCUGGAUCAACAGUUUUCUUGUUGUGCAUUCUAACUUUCUAAUUUUAAUUUUGCUAAUUUUGGCUCAUUUCUUGUUAAGAUGCUUUUUCGUUGUUUUUGAAUGACAUCAAGCUAAUUUGCUCAGAUUUCAAAGGGUUAAGCACUCAGCUAAAAUGUGAUUUUCUCCCUGCCUUGAAUAACACUUUGUUGAUGUUGGCAGAGUGGAAUUGAUUGAAAACCAGCCAUGUAUCAAACAUAAAAGUAGUGGUUGCAUAUUGUUUGCA